AUGACUUCAUUUUUCGCAAGCCACUUUCAAGGUUCAAAUUCGACAAAGCGACAGUCUUUGUCGCAUUAUUUGGCCCACCUGAUAUACUGGUUUCAACAUCUCAUCGAAUAUACUGGCCGUAACCACCUACUCUUCGUGGCGAAAUCACUGCCCUCAUAUUUCGGGGCCGAGGACAUUGAAACAUUUAUGAUGUCUGAAGACCGAUGA